AUGUCGUGGAGAAAAAAGAUUAUUUGCCUCAGUAUACUGUUCGCUUUCGUGGCGGCACACACCGGAUUUGGACCAGGGAAACAAAACUGGGGCUACAGUGAGGUUCGCCCAAAGGCGUUCAUUUUCUGGUGGCUACACCGAGCACAGAACACUGUCCCGAUUCCGGAACACUACGGCGAUAGACCGCUCAUUCUCUGGCUGCAGGGUGGACCUGGUGGUUCCUCUAGUGGGUUCGGUAACUUCGAGGAAAUUGGCCCACUCGAUCGCACGCUAAAGCCCCGCCAGCACGCUUGGGUGAAGGACUACAACGUGCUCUUCGUGGACAGCCCGGUGGGUAGCGGGUUCAGCUACGUAGAGGAUCGCUCCAUGUUGGCGCGUAACAGCACUACCGUGGUGGCGGAUUUGCUGCAACUGCUGAAGGAUUUCUACUCCACCACCGGCUGGGAUGAAAGGAUUCCGCUCUACAUCGCCUCCGAAAGCUACGGAGGUCGGAUCGCGGUCGAGCUGGCGUACGCGUUGGUACAGGAGAACCGCAUGGGUACGAUGGAAUGUAAGAUAGCGGGAUUGUUUUUAGGAAGUGCUUGGAUAUCGCCUCUCGACAGCAUCGCCGCAUGGCCGGACUUUCUUCUCGCCACCGGUCACCUGGAUAGGACCGGACACGAACGAAUUAGCCAACGGGUGGCUUCUAUCAGGGAAAACAUGACACAAAACCAGCCGGGUCUGGCAAUGAGUGGAUGGCACGCACUGCAACAGACAGUCAUCCGGGAAACUGGUGGCAUUAACUGCUACAACAUCCUGCAACCGACCAGAAAGGAAGAGUCGCCGAUGGGUGGUGAAAGCGAUGAAGUCCUGGAGUAUGGAGAAACGUUCUGGUGGACGGACACGGACACUGGACCCCCGAUGAGUGGCAAGUCUCGCAGUCUCGAACAACUGAUGCGCGGUCUCGUUCAACAAACGCUCGGAAUCGAGGACAAGCCGGCGUGGGGUAGCCAAAGCAGUGCCGUAUUCGAUGCACUCAGCGAUGACUUCCUACAGGCGAGCGUUAGAACAGUUGAGCGGCUGCUGAACGAAACUACCGUCGAGCUGGUACUUUACAACGGCCAACUGGACCUGAUAACCUGCACCUCUGGGACAUUUGCAUGGGUGGACCGGUUGUUUGAGGGGAUCGAUCCGCCUCACCGGGAACCGCUUGUCGGUGAAGGGGCCAUCAUUGAGGGGUACCGCAGCGAGUACACUCCCCGCUUCACCGUGUAUACGGUGCUCCGAGCCGGCCACAUGGUGCCGGCUGAUAAUCCCUCCGCUGUAGCCCAGAUCCUGCGCGAACACAGCCGUGGCCUGCCGUAA